AUGGUCGCAAUCAAGACAAUCAAGGCAUCCAACUCGACAACUCUCCCCCAAACCCUCCCUCAAAACCUCACCGCCGUCUUCCUUGGUGCCACAUCGGGUAUCGGCCGUAGCACAAUUAAGCAACUCGCCAUUGCCACAGACGGAAAGUCUCCAACCAUUUACAUCGUCGGCCGAAGUGCUUCUGCAGCGACACCGCUCAUCGCCGAGCUUCGACAGAGCAAUCCAUCCGCCACCAUCGAAUUUAUUGAGCGAGAUGUUUCCCUUGUCAAAGAAGCUGAUGCUGCUAUGCAAGAGAUCUCAAGGCGUGAGGAUAAGGUCGACAUCUUGUUCAUGUCUGUCGGAUUCAUGUCAUUUGAGGGAAGAAAAGAAACAAAGGAAAAGCUAGAGCCGUCUCUCACAACGCGCUUUUACAGCCGUGUCCGCUCCAUCCAGACACUGCUCCCUCUUCUCAACCGCAGCGCAAACCCUCAUGUCGUCAACAUUCUCGCCGGUGGCAUGGAAGGUCCUUUAGUUGAAGACGACCUCGACCUCGCCAAGCCCGGGAACUAUGGUGUCGCAUCUUCCGCCAACCAAGCUGCUACCAUGCUCACCCUCGUCUUGGAACGUUUUGCACAAGAGAACCCAAAGAUUAGCUUCGUCCACGCUUUCCCUGGUCUGACUGCAACACCGCUUCUUUCUCGCGGAUCUAGUGGUAUCAUUGGUUUCCUGCUUCAAUGGAUUGUUACUCCUUUAGGUGGCCUGUUCUUUGCGAGCCCCGAGGAUGUGGCUGCUCGGGCACUGUUUUACGCUACCAACGCAAGAUACACUGUCGAGGAGACUGAGUCCUUCGCGGACCCUGUACCUCAGGGACUUGAGAAGGCUAAGCGGUCUUCUGGUGGAGUAUUCCUGAUCAAUGAGAAGAGUGAGUCGGCGGAUAAUGAGAAGGUUUUGGCAGGUAUCAGGGAGAAGAUGGCUGGCCCGGUCCAAGCUCAUUUGGACAAUGUGUUCAAGGGACUUUUCCAAUAA